UGAGGAAUUCAGGAAUUUAUUUGGUUCAAAGUCAGUUUCAUGCUUAUAGAUUAAACUAAUUUCUAUGUUAGAAUUUGAUAAAAAAAAGAUCUCUGCAAAAGUUUACACAAUCAGCAUUUGAAAGUACAUUUUCAAAUUCGACGUUGAACAUUUUUUAGGAACUUCACUUUGAGGUGGUACUGUAUGUCUGUAAAACGUAGAGAGGGCGGGGUUUUCAGACUCCUUGCGGCGUGCGCGGCACAAGGACAAAACCCCUCGUUAUCAGGAUUCUUGACAGUUUCGUGUCGGUGUGCUUUUGGGAAAUAUAAUUCCGUUCGAUAAUGCCUGUGCAAAGCGUUGUUAUCCGAGACCCAGCCUUCCAUUCGCGGCUAUUGUUGCAGCAGUACUUGUAUUUAUUAAAGAGAUACCCUAUUCUAACCAAAUCUUUCACUAGUGGAAUUCUGUCAGCCUUGGGAAACUUGCUCUCUCAAGUGUUAGAAAAGAGAGCAAAGGCUAAACGCGGCUGCCAAGCAAAGGACAUUGACACUUUCGGGAUUGCUCGCUUUGCAGUUUAUGGAGUUUGUGUUACAGGUCCUAUAAGCCAUUACUUCUAUCAACUGCUGGAGCUGCUGGUGCCAUCAAGUGCUCCAUGCUGCAUGGUAAAACGGUUACUUUUGGAUCGUUUGGUCUUUGCCCCAGCCUUCCUCCUACUCUUUUUUGUUGUCAUGAACAUUUUGGAGGGAAACAAGUGGCCAGCUUUACAAGCUAAACUGAGAGUCAGUUACUGGCCAGCCCUGAUCAUGAACUGGAAAGUAUGGACUCCGUUCCAGUUUAUCAAUAUCAACUUUGUCCCUGUGCAGUUUCGGGUGCUUUUUGCUAACCUGGUGGCACUGUUCUGGUAUGCUUACCUUGCCUCUGUGAGGAAGUAAACCCUCCUGAAGGAUCCUGAAACGGACCAUCUCUGGUGACCACUGGAAGCCAUAUUAAGAAUGUGUCCUUAACACCAAGUUUGUCAUUAACAAAGCUUGUCAGUACUAAGUAAAUAUUGAAGUAACAGAACCUGUUUGUCAGGUAGUGUGAUUCUGCUCUGCUUUGGAUGAUAAAAUUUCUCAUCCUUUCAAAGUGCAACUUGUAUUGGAUUUGUGAAAAAGAAACAACUUGGGAAUUUAAGGUGUUGUAAAGUUGUAACACAUCAAAAUGGAAGUUGUAUGGUAUAUUGCUGAAUGUAUUUAUGUUAAAUUGAGACAAAAUGUUUUUUAAUUCAAGGAUUUAGCAGGAUUUUAGGUAUUCCAUGCAAGUGGAGUAUCAUGUACUGAACUGAAAUCGCUAACCAUAACAAAAGUCUGCAUUUCUUUUGAUUUUAUAAAUCAGUGCAAUAUUGUUAUAUGUGCAUUGUAUGUUUUCAGAUACACAGUUAGUCUUUAAUUCACCUGUUGGUGUGUUGUUUCUUUACACUUUUCAUUUUGAUAAUGUAUUUUUCAUUUCACCUGUCAGUUCUGAAAUAUGUACACAAGCAUGUUUAGGAAGCCUGAACAUCACUCCUAUCCGUAUUUAGUACACUUCUGUAGUAAGCAUGAUAGUUUAGAUCUUCAUUACAGUAGUAAUUUUUUUGCUAAGGUCAAAACUGUGUACUUGUACCCAUGUUAGUAAGACCUGCCAUUCACAAUCCCUAUCCUCUACCUGAUUAGUUUGAUAUACCUAGAAAAAAACUAAAAUAAAAAUUCCAUCAUGUGUGCCCCAUUAGUUUUUGUUCUGUAUCUGUUCAAUAAUAGCUAUUUGUGACAUAGUAAGCUGUCCCAAUAUCACCACUUACAUAUACCUCUAGGAACACAGAACCAUUCUCACAAUAAUGGCAACAAGAUCUCAACAUUGUGGCUGUGGGUGUGCACACAAACAGCAUCAGGCCAUGUUGCUAAUGUUAACAGAUUUAAUUUUUCAGUAGUUAGGUAAAAAGUUUAACUGCUGGUUCAAUACCCAUGUACGUUUCUAAUACACCGGUUCAGUUGAUUCGACA